AUGUUUCCUUCCUCGGCGGCAAUGCUGAAGAAUCUGCAGCAGAGUGCGAUGGCCUCGCCCUCCUUCCUCAUGGAGAAUCUUCUUCAGAGUAAGUCACCGGCGGGCACGGACCUCACUAGUCUGACCUUGAACUGGGCCGCGAGUCUGGUAGCCCGUCAGCGCGAGCGCGAGUCCGCCGCGGAGAAUCUGCAGCAGCAGCAGCAGCAACAUCAGCUCCAACAGCAGCAAUCGAGUAGGCUCUCUGAUCAGCAGGACCUCGACGAGACCAGCCAGUCAGGCAGUCGUCCAUCCGAGCUUCAACAUCAGCAGCAUCCGCGAUCCAGAUUGCCCGAGGAUUGCGAGAGAAUUCUCUACGGGCAGGAGAAGGACGCGCGGAACUCGGUGUUGCUGGAGGGUAUCGACGGUGGGGAGCGGUACAGUAGCGACGGGGCCUCUGCAAUAGACAGACUAAGCGCGAUGGAGAGGCUCUCGGAGAGAUUAGAGAACAGGUCGGGCUCGGCCAUGGACUCGAACAACUCGAUGGACGAGGACAGAGGCUCCGGCACCGAACUCGACGGUCUACCCGAGCGCGACGAGAUCACCGGUCGGUUCCCGCCGGUACAUCUCUCCUCGGAUCGUCACUUCGAAUUCGUCAGACACCAUCAGCAUCAGCAACAACAGCAGCAUCAGCAACAUCAGCAACAUCAUCAUCAGCAGCAGCAGCAGCAGCAUAUUUAUGCGCAGCAGGAGGAGGCGAGGUUGGAUAGGGAAACGGUCGAGCGGCUCGACAGCAGCAGCAGGAUCAGCGAGGAGACCUGCAGCUGCGGCGAGGAGCAGUGCAGUGGGGGCAUCGCGUGCAGGAGGAUCCAGGAGAAGGAGAAGCCUCAGCUCAAAUUCAGCGUCAACGCGAUACUCGGUGGCAAUCACGACCGGCGACCCAAUCCUGAGCACUUUCAGGGCAUACCACCGGGAGCCCUGCCAGCAUUCCUCCACAAUUUACAAAAUUCAACAGGUUACAACAUAGCGAAGCCGAUAGCGAGGCCGGCGGCGUAUCAUCCACACCAUCCGCCUCAUCCGGGCCAUCAUCCGCCUCAGCAUCACUUGCCACCCAACGCCCAUCACACAUUGCAUCAGCUACUCGGAUGCCGAACUCCUUAUCUGACCGUGGCGAGUCCAGGAGGCGGGAACCACCAGCUUGGCGGCCCGGGGGGAGCCGCGGGCUUCCCGGGUGCGAUGCAGGGCAGCCUCGGGGAGCUCACGGGGAUGAGCCUCGGCUUCCCCUGGGCGGGCAGCGCGAGGGGAAAGCCACGGAGGGGAAUGAUGCGACGGGCCGUCUUCUCGGACCUUCAGAGGCGCGGACUCGAGAAGAGGUUUCAGCUCCAGAAGUACAUCAGCAAACCCGAUCGCAAGAAGCUCGCCGAGAAGCUCGGACUCAAGGAUUCCCAAGUGAAGAUCUGGUUCCAGAAUCGGCGUAUGAAGUGGCGCAACAGCAAGGAACGCGAACUCCUGGCGACGGGUGGCUCCCGCGAGCAGACCCUACCCAACAAGAACAAUCCGAAUCCGGACCUCAGCGACGCGGACGGCGACAGGCAGCGGAUGGACCUGAGCGACGCGAGUCCUCUCACCAGCCCCCAGAGGCCGGAGGAUCACAGUGACAACGAGGACGAUGAGGAGAUCAACGUCACGUGA